AUGCCAGGCAAUGGGAGUUCCGAGGCGGGAUGCAGCAAGACCGCAACAGGCAGCUACUCCAACACCACCUGUGGCCAGACGGAGCUGUCCGUCACCGCCUCCGUCAUUUCCAUGACUGUGGGCAUCUUCUCCAACAUCCUGGCUCUCUGCAUCCUGGUCAAUGCCUACCGUCGCUUCCGACUCAAGACCAAGGCCUCCUUCCUGCUGUUCGCCAGCGGCCUGGUGGGCACCGAUCUCCUGGGCCACCUCAUUAACGGCUCCCUGGUGCUAUAUGUCUACGCUUGUAACAAGGAGUGGGAAGCCUUUGACCCACACCACAUCCUGUGCAGUCUCUUCGGGGUGUCCAUGGUGUUUUUCGGUCUGAGCCCCCUGCUCCUGGGUAGCCUAAUGGCGGUGGAACGCUGCAUUGGUGUCACCAGGCCCCUGUUCCACUCCACAGCCCUUGCCGCCCACCACAUGAAGAGGCUGCUGGGGCUGACCUGGCUCUUAGCUGCCCUGGUGGCUCUGCUACCUGUGCUGCUGUGGAGGCCCUACCAGGUGCAGCGCUCCCAGAGCUGGUGUUUCUUCCGCAUGGAGGGGCCCCGCAACUGGCUGGACGUGGUGCUCCCGCUGAUCUUCUCUACACUGGGCCUCCUGGCUCUGCUGGUGUCAAUUGUGUGCAACACACUGACCAGCUGCACCCUACUGCAGUCCAAGCUGCGCUGCCACCGCCAAUGUCGCCGCAAGGACACCUCCCACCACUUUGAGAUGAUCUGCCAGCUCAUGACCAUCAUGCUUGUGUCCUGUGUGUGCUGGGGCCCUUUAUUGGUUAACGUCAUCAUACUGAGCACCCAGGUCCAGGGCGAGCGUGCGUUUGCCCGCCUGCUGCUGGCAGUCCGCAUGGCCACCUGGAACCAGAUCCUGGACCCCUGGGUCUACAUCCUCCUGAGGAAGGCCAUCCUCAAGAGGCUCUUCCUGCUGGUGCACAGCUGCUGGUGCAUCAAGUCCCACUCCCACCCCCUCAACCGGUGGAAGUGCAGCCCAGUGAAAGGCUCUGGGGAGACCAGCGGCAGCUCCAUCAGCACUAAACCAGAAUUCUUCUGUUUGGAUGGAAGUGUUGGAGGCCUACCAGACACAAUAAUUAAGCCCAUCACCUGAACCCCUGGAUGGGGCAUCUGAUCUGAGAGACCCUGGGUCCCAGGUGGAGUGUUUGCAGGCAGCACCUGUAGCACAUUGAUGUAUAGUUGGAGUAGGCGAUAAGCUAAGGAACCAGAUAAGGUUUGUUUUAGGAAGAGCAUAUGAAGGAUCAUUCAAAGUAUUAUAAACUGGGUAGUUUGAGCCCUGAAUGCUGAUUGGAUGACAGCCGUGGUAUAUCAGACCGUAUACCACGGGUAUGACAAAACUUGUAUUUUUAUUGCUCUAAUUACGCUGGUAACUAGUUUAUAAUAGCAAUAAGGCACCUCGAGGGUUUGUGGUAUAUGGCCAAUAUACCACGGCUAAGGGCUGUGCCCAGGCACUCCACAUU